CCCCUCUGCGCGCUGACGUCGUCGCGUCUCGUUCUCUCGGCGGCUGGAAGCGGCGGCGGCAGGUGACGGUGGCUCGGGCGGCUGUUUGCUCGUCGCUCAGCGGUGAAGGCACGGAGCAGCGCGAGCCGGGCCCGCGGCGAGUUUAAAUGGAAGAUGAAAAUAGAUCUGUGGCCCAGUUUUUGGUACAAAGAACAGAUGACACAGCUUCUCCACUGAAACUAAUAGACUACUAGGAAUAUCUGAGAAGUUGAAACGCUAGUAGUGUUCCCUUGUGCAGAGCAGAAGAAUGAGCCAACAGUGGAAAAGAGUACAUUAUAUUCUGAUUGGAUACAUUUGAAGAGGAUAAUUUUAGUCUUGUGGCAUGCUUCAGCAGGAACCAUACUAAAAAAGAAGAUGGCUGGCUGUGGUGAAAUUGAUCACUCGAUCAACAUGCUUCCCACUAAUAGGAAGACAAAUGAGUCAUGUUCCAAUACAACACCUUCCCUGACAGUCCCUGAAUGUGCUAUCUGUCUGCAAACGUGUGUCCACCCAGUGAGUCUGCCUUGUAAACAUGUUUUCUGCUAUCUGUGUGUGAAGGGAGCUUCCUGGCUUGGAAAACGAUGUGCACUGUGUCGGCAAGAGAUUCCUGAGGACUUUCUUGACAAGCCAACCUUACUAUCGCCAGAGGAACUCAAAGUGGCGAGCAGAGGCAAUGGGGAAUAUGCUUGGUACUAUGAAGGUAGAAAUGGUUGGUGGCAAUAUGAUGAACGUACCAGUAGGGAGCUGGAAGAUGCCUUUUCCAAAGGUAAAAAGAGUACUGAAAUGUUAAUUGCUGGGUUUUUGUAUGUAGCAGAUCUCGAAAACAUGGUUCAGUAUAGGAGAAAUGAGCAUGGACGUCGCAGGAAAAUAAAACGGGACAUAAUAGAUAUACCAAAGAAGGGAGUGGCCGGGCUUAGGUUGGACUGUGAUUCUAACACUGUCAAUCUAGGAAGAGAGAGCUCUGCUGAUGGCGCAGACAGUACAUCGGCUCUGGGGGCUGCUGCUGCGCAGCCUCUAGCAUCCGUUUCUGCUAGACCCCUAACUUCACUAGAUGGUCAGCUGACGAGUCCUGCAACGCCAUCACCUGAUGCAAGCACUUCUUUAGAGAACUCUUUUGCCCACUUACAAAUAAACGGAGACGACAUGGCUGAAAGAAGUCAUAGGGGAGAGGGAGAGGAAGACCAUGAGUCAUCGUCUUCUGGUAGGGUGCCAGCCCCUGAUACCUCCGUUGAGGAAACCGAAUCGGAUGAUAGCAGCGAUAGUGAGGAUGUGUAUGCUCAACUUCAGCAACACACGUCCUCUGCCCAGCAAAGACACUUGAAUGCGAAUGCAAACCAAUCAGUAAUAGAGAGACCAGUGGCAGGGGGUGGGGCAGUAAGCACCAGUGUAAGAUCUAGAAGGCCUGAUGGACAGUGCACGGUAACUGAAGUUUAAAUUUAGAGCCAUGUGUUUUAAAAACUCAGUCCAGUAUCUGUAAAUUUUCUGUCCAUGCUGGCAUUGCACUCAAACCUAGCAGUGUAUUUGAAGCGGGGGGGUGUGUGUGUGUGUGACAGAUUUGGCCUGUUAACUUAAAUUCUCAACAUGUCUCAGCUGGAAGACUCUUUAAAUGUAAGAAACUGGGGUGUCUUGUUAAUGGUUUGAAAGCUACUUAGCAAUACCCAGUUUUCUUGAAAAUGUCUUUUGUGUUUAUUUUGUAGCAUUUUACCCCGUGGAGAUACUCAGUCCCUUUUUGGCCAAUGUAUAUCCACUGUACAACUCAGAUUGUCUUCAUUAUCUGACUGUUGCAUUAAGUGUCUUACUACUUUCUGCAUGGAUUGAUAUAUGAAAAGAACACUAAAGCAAUGUGGGAACAGACAAGAUGUUGGGUAUGAGCAGGAUGCUUAAUUUAAUGUGAGAAAAUAUAUGUGAGUUUGGAGUUAAGAUGUGUUUUUUAGACAAAGAAAUCAUUUUAUCGUCAUGCAAUGGAAAUGUAAAAAUGCUAUUAACUUUUGUUGAAAAUUCUUAUCUGUACACACUUCAUGGCAUUUUCAUUGGCUUUGCUGUCUAGUCCUUGUAGUUUGUUUUUGAGGUCUUUGUUGAUCUGUCUUGUUUUUGUUACAAAAUUUAUAAUUUAAUAAAAACUACACUUUAACAAUC